UACAUUUCUGUUGCUUAAACCGGAAGUAGGCUUCUGGAGUCACAUUGAAGACGAAAUCCCGGUCAAACGAUUUUAAGGACCAGUGACCAGCCAACCGGUUCCUGAUGACUUGACUUGGAUGAUCAUUCACAAUGUUUACUUCAAAGAUUGUCCCUCGUCUAUUACGUAGAGCAACUUGUGCACUUCAAGCCCAUGGAGAAUUUUUAAAUGGAUCUGUACGACUUCUCCCUGCUUACUGCUCUUCGCUACAAGAAAAACUAAGAAACUACUCAACAGCUGCAGACAACACACCUCCUCCUCGAUGGGUACAACUGGAGCCUGAACUGGAGGAGGCUCUGGUGCCACGUAAACUAUCUGUAAGUCCUCUAGAGAGCUGGCUCUCCCUGCGUUACUCCCUUCCUCCCCUGCUGGAAACUGCUCAGCCGCAGGAGGAUUUAGGGCUGCUGGAGGAAAGGGUGCUGCCUCCCUUCUCUGUCCCCGUUUUGGAGGAUGGGGAGGGCGCAGCAACACCUCUUAGUUGUAAGAAUGUUCUGAAGAUCCGACGGCGGAUGAUGAACCGGCAUAAAUACAGGAAGCUGCGAAAACGGACUAAAUUUUUGCGGAGGAGAGUGCUGGAGAGCAGAGCAGGGGAAAAAGAAAAACGAUUCGAGGAUGAUCUAAAGAGGAUUUGGACACGAGCUGGACUGAAGAAGGCUCCUGAGGGAUGGCACCCACCUAAGAUCUUCAUUAAACAGUAUGGAAACAAAUGAGACUGAGAAACACCGAUUGUGAUUAAAUUUUGUGUCACAUGAUCUCUCACAUUAGACACUGGUUCUGCACGUCACACUUCACACACUGCAGUUAAAACAAUCAGCCUACUCAGGCAUGUCUCAGUGAUGAGGACGUACUCCAUACUGAUAUGUGUACAAUUAUUUUUAACAAAGUGUACAUAAUCUAAUAAAGAUCUUUCUCUGUUGAGCCAAA